AUGGGAGGCGUUGGCAAGAGUGAGACUGUGCUGCAAUUUGUCAGCAAGAAUGAAAAGGCACUCCGUCAAAAAUUCUGGGCUGUGCUCUGGGUGGACAAUAGCAGUGAUAUCUCCACUCGAGCCGAUUUUAAAAGAAUCGGCAAUCUAUGCGGCUGGCCCUUGGACGACACAGACGCGCUCUACGGCGUAAAGGAUCGGCUCGCCAGCUUGACGACAUCGACACUUCUUAUCUUGGACAACUGCGACGAUACCGAGACGGAUUAUAGCCGUUACAUACCAAACGGCACCCAGGGACAAGGGAGAAAGCUGUUCCACAGGUUACGAGGUCUGGACGAGGAAUCUGCUGUCAAGCUACUGCUGGAUGCGUCAGAAGUCCAAGAGCCAGGUCAAGAUGAUCACGAGCAAGCGAAACAAAUAGGCUUCGCCCUUGAGUUUCACCCUCUUGCGCUCACGAUUGCGAGCUCGCUCAUUCGGAGCCGUAUGUAUUCGCUGGAGGAGUACGCUAAUGCUCUCGGAAGCCGGCUCACUCAGAAGGAGCUGCUGGAUACAAAGUCCGAGCAAGCGAGAUAUCAAAAGCUGAGCGCUACGUUUGAGGUGUCCGCGGAAUGCCUCCAGCGUAUGGCUUCGACUGACCCAUCGGCCAAAAGAGCGUUGGCCCUUCUGGAUGUUCUCGGUUUUAUGCAUCAUAAAGGCGUGGCUGAAGAGAUCUUCGUGCAGGCGUGGACUUACGAGGAAGAGCUUCUUUCAAAGUGGAUUGAAGACGACGGCGACGACGGCGACGUCCUUCUGUCCAGAUACAAUAACCGGGAAUGGCAUGACGAUGACCCCAACUCCAUCUCACUCCAUCAUACAGUCCACGCCUGGGCGAGAGAGCGCAACUCGCGCCCCGGCGAAACUUGGAUCGCUGCUGCGUCAAUUUUGGCGCUAUCUACGCAGGAGGACGUGGAUUGGUCAUUAUUCGAUGCCCGGCUUGCUCCGCACCUUGAGACAAGUUUCGCUGUGUUGCAAAAUUUGGGCAGCCAGAUCUCUAGCCAGCUGGAUGUCUGCGCACUUUGCUACGUCUACGCAUUGACGAUGUACUGGGCGGACAGUGCACAUACGGUGGGCGUCUCUGAGUAUAUUCUCGAGCUCAGUCUGAAGUGCAAGCUACCUCAAGCGAACAUUCUGAGAGCACAGCGCCUUUUGGGAACGGCGUAUGGUGUCGACAGACGGUUCCCUGAAGCAAUUGAGAUUCUAGAGCGUGCCGAGAGGUCACACAAGGAAGCAUGUCCAGAAUAUCAUGAGGUUGGAGCGAGCAUCCGGCACGCGCGUGGUCAGGCCUAUCAUGAUCAGGGUCAGAUCUCGAAAGCACUCGAUAAGCUAGAGUAUACCGUCAAGGCCCAGACAAAGCUGCAAAAUCUGGACCUGCUUGCUAUUCAGCACGAACUCGGAAGAGCGUACCUCGCCAACGGACAAACCUCAGCUGCUAUUGAGACUCUGAAGCACGUAGUCAAGUCCGAAGAGAUGCUGCCUGAGAGCGAUCCGGAUCGGCUAUCCUCUCAGCAUGCACUCGGGAGCGCUUUGUACGAGAAAGGACAGAUUCCCGAAGCCAUUGAGAUUGGAGAGCACGUGGUGAACGUGCGAAGAGAGAGCUUGCCGGAGGACGAUCAGACUCGGCUGGCAUCUGAACACUCCCUCGCCGUAUAUUACAGAGAGGACGGACAGACUUCGAGAGCUGUCGAAAUGCUAGAACAUGUGGUGAAAGUCCGAGACAUGCUACCUGAGAGUCAUCCGUGGCGGCUGGACUCUCGGCAUGAACUUGCGAGGGCGUUCUUCAAGAAUGGACAGAUCUCGAGAGCUGUUGAAAUGCUAGAACAUGUGGUCAAGGUCCGAGAGAUGCUUCCCGAGAGUCAUUCAGAUCGACUGCGCUCUCAGCAUGAACUCGCGGUGGCUUAUCUCGAAGACGGACAGAUCUCGAAAGCUGUCGAGUUACUAGAACAUGUGGUAAAACUCCGAUCGAUGCUACCCGAGAGUCAUCUGGAUCGGCUGAAGGCUCAGCACAGUCUCGCGGUGGCUCACCUCGACAACGGACAGAUCUCGAAAGCUGUCGAGAUGCUAGAACACGUCGUAAAACUCCGAGAGAUGCUACCGGAGCUUCACCCAGAUCAGCUCAAUUCUCAGCGCGAACUUGCACUUGCAUACCAGAGCAACGGACAGAUCAACGCAGCCAUGGCCGUCUGGUAUAUGGUGUACACAGUGCUCGAAGCAGCUGUACCCACGAAUCAUCUUGACCUCACCGCGGCCGAAGAUCGCAUGAUUCGGACGGCACAUAUUCACGCCUCUACCGAUGCAGAAUCACAUCACAGCGAGAAAAUGGUCUGUCCUGGCAUAGCAUCGAUGUUAGAGCGAGCGCGUGCUAGAAUCAUGUCAGCAGAAAGCACCUCGGGCCACGCUGGCAGCAUGCCAUCGAAAGACAGCCUCGUCGAGAUGGCACUUAGGAAAGCAUUGAUGUUAGAGCAAGCACGCGCUGAUUCCAUGUCAGCAGAGGGGACCUCGGGCAGAGCAACUCUUGGACCAAGCGCACGAGCAGCAGGAAGUCCAAUCUUCCGAAAUCUGGCUCGAAGAUACUAA